AAAGUCCAAAUAUAAUUUUUCUGCAUUCAUAUUGCGCGGAAGCUCUUUAUAAGCAGCCUCUCAGGCCCUCAGCUUCUCCAAUAUUCUUUGCAACGACUAAAAGUAUUCGUGAAAAAAGCCAAAAGAAAUGGAGAAGAAGCUUUUCACUCAACUCUUCAGCUGCGUCAUCUUCUUCUUAUUUGUUCUUGUCCUGUUGUCUUCCCCAGCUGCUUCUCAAGAAGUUGAUGAUGAAAGUGAGUUUGAUUAUACCAAAAACAGCGAAAAGGGUCCAGAUAGAUGGGGAGAAAUUAAGCCGGAAUGGAGUGCAUGUGGCAAUGGGACAAUGCAGUCUCCUAUUGAUUUGUUGAAUGAGAGAGUUGAAGUUGUUUCUCAUUUAGGGAGGCUUAAGAGGAGUUACAAACCCUCCAAUGCUACCCUCAUGAACAGAGGCCAUGAUAUGAAGUUGAGCUUUGAAGGAGAAGCAGGAAGUAUUGAGAUUAAUGGAACUGAAUAUGAACUCAAACAGCUCCACUGGCACUCGCCUUCUGAGCAUACCAUUAGUGGCGUAAGGUUUGAUUUGGAGCUGCACAUGGUUCAUCAAAGCCAGGAUGGCAAGAUUGCUGUUGUUGGGAUCAUGUACAAGAUUGGAAGGCCAGAUUCUUUCUUGCUAUCGUUGAGAGAUCAUUUAGAAAAUAUUACUGAUACCACUAGUGGAGAAAGUGUUGUGGGAGUGAUUGAUCCAAGGGCCAUAAAGAUUGGCAGCAGGAAGUAUUACAGAUACCUUGGAUCUCUUACAACUCCUCCUUGUACUGAAAAUGUUGUGUGGACCAUUGUUAGAAAGGUCAGGACUGUGACAAGGGAGCAAGUUAAGCUACUACGUGUUGCAGUUCAUGAUGAUUCAAAUUCUAAUGCAAGACCACUACAACCAAUAAAUUGGCGAACGGUGCAACUCUAUAGACCAAAUGAAAAGGAAGAGAACUAGAACCUAUGAGCUUUUGCAGCUUCGGAUUUCAUAUAUAAUUCCCUUCUUGUGGCAUCUUUGAGAGAGUGUUCGUACUUUAUUCUUGCAUUGAUUCUUCGACGAUAUAUUCAAGCCAUUGUUUGUUAUUUUGAUAUAUUAAUUGAUCUAGUUUUUCUUCAAUAAAGGAACAAAUUCAUA